UUACUCAUAUUGCUGAGCCCUUAUAAGCUCUCGAGUCAGACACGCAACCGUCAACCACCACCCUUCACGCACGCCACCACCGCCAUAUUCGCUGUCACCGUCCACCACCUUCAGGUAAUUUAGAAUUGAUGGAUACCAAUAAUUGGAGACCUAAUCAAGGCAAUGAACCCAAUAUGGAUGCUAAUGAAUGGAGAGGUCAACUGCAGCCUGAGUCACGCCAAAGAAUUGUGAACAAAAUAAUGGACACAUUAAAAAGACAUCUUCCUGUUUCUGGUCAAGAGGGAUUGCAUGAACUUCGGAAGAUUGCUCAAAGGUUUGAAGAGAAGAUUUUUACUGCUGCAACAAGCCAGUCUGAUUAUCUACGGAAAAUAUCUUUGAAGAUGCUUACAAUGGAGACUAAAUCCCAAGGCACCAUGGCCAACAAUAUGCCAUUGAAUCAAGGUGGCCCUAGCAAUCAACCUCCUGAUCCAGGGCUUGUUAUGCAGCCUCAAGUUCACAAUCCAGGGCCACAACAUCCUAUUUCUUUGUCUAAUCAGCCCCAGUCACGCCAACAGAUUCUAUCUCAGAACAUUCAAAAUAAUAUUGCAUCUCAACCUAAUUUGCCACCUGUAUCUAGUCUAGCUCAGACUCCCAUACAAAAUGUUGGCCAGAAUUCCAAUAUGCAGAACAUACCUGGACAGAAUUCUGUGGGGAGCACUAUUGGCCAGAAUCCCCACAUGCAAAAUAUGUUUGCUGGUUCCCAGAGACAAAUGCAAGGAAGGCAGCAGGUUGUUCCCCAACAACAACAGCAGCAGUCACAGAAUCCACAGCAGUAUCUGUACCAACAGCAACAGCUUCAACAACAGCUUUUGAAGCAUAAGAUGCAGCUGCAGCAGCAGCAGCAGCAGCAACAGCAACAGCAACAGCAGAACCUUCUACAAUCAAAUCAGUUGCAAUCUUCUCAGCAAUCUGUCAUGCAAACACCAUCGGUUAUGCAGCAGCCUUCCAUGAUGCAAACACCUUCUCUGUCUAGCAUUCAGCACAAUCAGCAGUCUAAUAAUAUUCAACAGUCAACACAGUCCAUGCUUCAGCAACACCCCCAAGUUAUCAGGCAACAGCCACAACAACAGACUUCUAUUAUUCAUCAGCAACAAACACCAAUGACUCAACAAUCAAUAUUGCCUACACAACAGCAGCAGCAACAGCUUAUGGGGCCACAGGCAAGUGCAACAAACAUGCAACAUACCCAGAUGCUUGGGCCACAGAAUAAUGUUGGUGAUUUGCAGCAACCACAGAGGUUACUUGUACAGCAGAAUAAUCUUUCAAACCUGCAACAGCAACAGUUAAUAAAUCAGCAAAACAACUUAUCAAAUAUACAUCAGCCAUUGGGAAAUAAUGUCCCUGGGUUACAGCCACAGCAAGUCCUUGGACCUCAAUCUGGCAACUCAGGCAUGCAAACAAGCCAGCACUCUGCACAUGUCCUACAACAAUCAAAGGUCCCAAAUCAGCAGCAAUCACAGCAAAAUCCAUCAAAUUUGUUAUCAUCUCAAUCGCAGCAGUCACAGCCACAGGCUUCACAGCAGCAAUUGAUGCCACAGAUUCAAUCUCAGCCUGCACAGUUGCAACAGCAAUUGGGUUUGCAACAGCAGUCAAAUCCCUUGCAACGAGAUAUGCAGCAAAGACUUCAGGCAUCGGGUUCCUUAAUUCAUCAACCAAGUGUUCUUGAUCAACAAAAGCAUUUAUAUCAAUCACAAAGACCCCUUCCAGAAACUUCAUCAAGUUCUCUGGAUUCAACGGCACAGACUGGACAGCCAGGUGAUUGGCAAGAAGAAGUGUAUCAAAAGAUCAAAACCUUGAAAGAAAAUUACUUGCCAGAGUUGAAUGAAGUGUACCAGAAAAUUGCUACUAAACUUCAGCAGCACGAUUCCCUUCCCAACCAACCAAAGUCGGAUCAGCUUGAAAAGCUGAAGGUAUUUAAAAUUAUGUUGGAGCGCAUUAUAACAUUCCUCCAGGUUUCUAAGAGCAACAUUACACCUCAUUUCAAGGAGAAACUUGGUCCAUAUGAGAAGCAGAUUAUAAAUUUCAUAAAUACAAAUAGGCCUAGGAAAGCAAUGUCUUCACUGCAGCCAGGACAGCUUCCCCCUCCACAUAUGCACUCCCUGUCACAGUCACAAUCCCAAGUUACUCAGGUGCAGUCUCAUGAAAAUCAAAUGAACUCUCAGUUGCAAACGACCAAUAUACAAGGUUCUGUAGCAACAAUGCAGCAGAGUAAUAUGACAAGCAUGCAGCAUAAUUCUCUGUCUGGGUUAUCCACAACACAGCAGAAUAUGAUGAAUUCAAUGCAAACUAGUACCAAUUUGGAUUCAGGACAAGGAAAUGCUAUGAACUCCCUACAGCAGGUUCCAGUGAGCUCCCUUCAACAAAACCCUGUUAGCGCUCCUCAGCAAACUAAUGUUAACUCCUUAUCUUCACAAGCUGGGGUAAAUGUGAUCCAACCAAAUCUUAAUCCCCUUCAGCCAGGUUCAAGUAUACUUCAACACCAGCAACUAAAACAACAUCAGGAACAGCAGAUGUUACAGAGUCAACAAUUCAAACAACAAUUUCAUCAGCGGCAAUUGAUGCAGAGGCAGCAGAUGCUACAGCAGCCCCAACAGCAGCAGCAGUUACACCAGCCAGCAAAGCAACAACUUCCUGCACAAUUGCAGACACAUCAAAUGCAACAACUUCACCAAAUGAAUGAUGUGAAUGACAUAAAGAUGAGGCAAGGAGUUGGUGUUAAGCCAGGGGUCUUUCAGCAACAUCUUGCUUCCAAUCAACGCACAGCUUAUCCCCAUCAACAGUUGAAACAAGGGAGUCCUUUUUCUGUUUCUUCACCCCAAAUCCUUCAGGCUGCAUCUCCUCAGAUUACCCAACAUUCAUCUCCUCAGGUUGACCAACAAAAUCAUCUUCCAUCUCUCACAAAAGUUGCUACCCCUCUGCAAUCUGCCAACUCACCUUUUGUAGUACCCACUCCUUCACCUCCCUUGGCUCCAUCUCCUAUGCCAGGAGAUUCUGAAAAGCCCAUUUCUGGUGUUUCAUCAAUAUCAAAUGCUGCAAAUAUUGGACAUCAACAAACUGGGGUUGCAGCAGCACCUGUUCAAUCCCUUGCCAUUGGAACUCCUGGGAUAUCAGCUUCUCCUUUACUGGCAGAGUUCACUGGUCCAGAUGGUUCUCACAGUAAUGCUUUAGCACCUACUUCUGGAAAGUCAACGGUUAAUGAGCAGCCUCUAGAACGCCUAAUUAAAGCGGUGAAAUCAAUGUCACAUAAAGCAUUAAGUGCUGCUGUCAGUGAUAUUGGUUCAGUUGUCAGCAUGAACGAUAGGAUAGCAGGAUCAGCCCCAGGUAAUGGAUCCAGAGCUGCUGUUGGUGAAGAUUUGGUUGCCAUGACUAAUUGUCGUCUUCAGGCUAGAAAUUUCAUCACCCAAGAUGGUGCCAAUGGAACCAAGAGGAUGAAGCGCUAUACCAACGCCAUGCCCUUAAAUGUUGUUGCAUCUGCAGGUGGCAUGAAUGGUAGUAUCAAGCAGGUAACUGCUUUGGAGGCUUCUGAUUUGGAGUCAACUGCAACAUCUAGUAUCAAGAAGCCAAGGAUUGAGGCCAAUCAUGCCCUUUUGGAAGAAAUUAAGGAGGUUAAUCAGCAACUUAUUGACACUAUAGUAGACAUAAGUGAUGAAGAAGUUGAUCCAACUGCAGCUGCUGCUGCUGCUGAAGGAGCAGAAGGGACCAUAGUCAAAUGUUCUUUCAGUGCUGUGGCGCUCAGCCCAAGCUUAAAAUCCCAAUAUGCUUCAGCACAGAUGUCACCAAUUCAACCCCUGCGCUUACUUGUGCCUACAAAUUAUCCUAAUUGUUCCCCCAUACUUCUAGACAAGUUUCCAGUUGAAUCCAGUAAGGAGAAUGAAGAUCUUUCCGCGAAAGCAAAGUCAAGGUUUAGCAUAUCCUUGCGAAGUUUAUCACAACCUAUGACCCUUGGGGAGAUAGCAAGGACUUGGGAUAUUUGUGCUCGCACAGUUAUUUGUGAGCAUGCACAGCAGAGCGGUGGAGGGAGUUUCAGCUCCAAGUAUGGGACUUGGGAGAAUUGCUUGACCACAUGAUGAUACCAUGUUCCAUGCAAACCUUUUUUGUUUUUGUCUUGAAACUUGCCGAAGCUUCUGUCAAUCAUUGGAUGCGCAGUUUUUGGGUGUAGAUGAAAGCGGUUAUGGAAGUAAGUGCAUGAUGUCAAUUUCGUCCCAUUUUAGUGGAAUUAUUUCAUGCAUAAUUCUGUAUUAAGUAUAUAAUCCAGUUUCUUAUUUGUGGACUUCACAAGUUUCGGUAUACAAGCUUAAGAUGCUCGAUGUAGUAAAUGUGUGUGACUUAAAUCAGAUUGCCUUUUGCCGAGGCCUUGUUCAUAACUUACAGAGUAGCUCACUAGU